AUGGUGGGAGGGGGGGGGGGGUUGAGAAAGGGUAGUGAAGAUAGAGAUGGUGGUAGGGAGGGUGAAGAUAGUGAAGAGGGUGAUGAGAGUGAAGAGGAAGGUGUUGACAGUGGGUCUGAUGAUGAUGAUGAUGCCAACUCAGACAUGGCACGCAAUGACAUUCUUACAUCUCCUCCCAAUAGUGAUGAGCAGUACGAGGUAGCCUCCCAUAGUCGGAGAAAACAUGUGACAAAGCGGUCUGAGUUCCAUCUAACUAAUAUGGGUAAUCCAGAGUUUGUGGUGGGUCAAAAAUUCCCGCCGAUACAGGUUUUUAGAGAGGCAGUUAAAGAGUGUAAUGUAAAAAUGAGGAAGGAUGUUAAGUUCAAGAGGAAUUAUCUUGCCAAGUGUGUAGUGGUAUACAGGGAUGAACGUUGUAAAUAUAGGAUUUAUGGGCGCAAGUGCAAGGAUGAGGAAUCCUUUGAAGUAAGAUCAUUUCAGCCAAAACACAGUUGUAGGAGGAGACAUGAGAAUUCGAUUCUGAAAUCGAAUUGGAUUGCAGACAAGUUAAUAGACAAGUUCAGAGCACAACCAAACAUGCCUGUAAAGGCAAUUGUAGAGGAGGUGAAGGAUAGCUGGGGUGUGGAUGUCAAAGAGCACAGGUUGUACAGGGCUAGAAGACUUGCAAAAGAAAAGAUCCGUGGAAAAGUGAAUGAACUGUACAACAAGUUGUGGGAUUAUUUAGAGAUGAUAAGAAGAACAAACGUUGGUAGUUGCGUAAUGAUGAAGAUAGAGAGGCCGUUACCUGUAUUCCAGGAAAAUUUCAGAGGUUGUACUUCUCUUUAG